GCCGAAUUGAAACUAACAUCAAGAUCCCAUAUUCCAAUAAAACAUGAAAUACCACUAAGAGAAACAUAAUCAAUUCUUGAACUCUUGUAGCAACUCAAAAUGGCGUCAGGCGAGCUGUUUACGGUCCCAAUUCCGUCUCUCAAGUCCCACCAGGGAGGCAGCAUCGUCUGCACAUGUCCCGAGCCGAAAGUCUACGUCCUCACAUGGACAUCUCCGCCAGACAACAGGCUAACGCCCGUCUUCAACACCGCGCUCAUAACCGCUCUCGAUAUCAUCGAGUUCGGCUACCCGCCAGGCGUUGUCGUAACUACGUCUUCUAUCUCUAAAUUCUACUCUAACGGGCUCGACCUACAGCUCGCCGUUUCGACCCCGGGCUUCUUCCAAAACAGCCUGUAUCCGCUGUUCCGGAGGUUCUUGACGUAUCCCAUGCCGACGGUCGCCCUGGUUAACGGCCACGGCUUCGCCGGCGGUUUCAUGCUGGCCAUGCACCACGACUACCGCGUUUUCGCGGGCUCAAAGGGGUACCUAUGUAUCAAUGAGCUCGAGUUCGGGGCGCCGCUGCUGCCGCCCAUGAGCUCCAUCUUCAGGAUAAAGGCAGCCCCUAAGGUGUACCGUGACAUGGUGCUGGAGGCGCGGCGCUUCGACGCCAAGGCUGCUCUGGAAGCUGGCCUCGUGGAUGCUAUCGGUGAGCUGGACGCGGCGUUAAGCUUGAUCAAAGAACGGGCGUUGGUGAAGAAGGGCGCUACUGGGGCUUACUCGCUUUUGAAGGCGGAGAUGUAUCGCGAAAGCGUGGCUUUGUUAGAUGCCAAUGGCAAAGACGCGGUGAACCCCAGCGACAUGCAAGCGGUUGAGAAGAAGAGGAAAGCCGAAGGGGCGAAACGGUUUAAGGAAUGGAAGGAGACACAGGUUGGCGAUAAGGCGAAAUUAUAAGGGCCGGAAGUCUUCGAACAUUCUUUUCGUUUGUUUACUAGAGGUUCGGUUCUCGAGAUCUAUGAUAUCGUAGCUGGCGAUGUUUGAAUAGGACAAAACUUGUAAUCAUGGGCAGAUAGGUUUGGGCAUAUAUAAAGGAAAUGCGAGGCUAUUGAAACUAUUUAU